AUUCAAUACUCUAAAUGAAUUAAACAGAGCAUUUCUGAAAUAUCCAUAUUUAUUUAUUUUUGGUUUCCGGCCUAUAAACUUUUCCAUACAUGGUGGUAUGUAACCGUACCAGCUGCCUUACAGGAAAACGAAAACAGUUGAUGUGAAGACAUGUCUAAGCGAGUGAUGAUAACUGGGGCGUCUGGUCUGCUGGGUCGAGCCAUCUACAGGGAGUUCAAGUCAGACUCUAGCUGGGAUGUAUGUGGACUGGCCUUCUCGCGAACCUCGGGGGAUCUCAUUAAGGUCAACAUUACAGAUGAAGAGGCUGUCAAAGACGCUGUGCAAAAGUUUAAGCCAGAAGUGGUUAUCCACAGUGCUGCGGAGAAAAAUGUGGAUGUGUUUGAGAAGGACCCGGAGACAGCGCGAAAGAAAAAUAUCCUGGCCACACGCUAUAUCUGCCAGGCUGCAGAGCAAAUUGGAGCAUGGGUGGUGUUUAUCAGCACUGACUAUGUGUUUGAUGGGACGAGCCCACCCUACAAGGUCACUGACGCGCCCAAUCCUCUCAACCUGUAUGGGGAAAGCAAGGUGGAAGGAGAGAAAAUUACACUGGAGGUCAACAGAGACAAUUGUGUCUUAAGGGUUCCAAUUCUGUAUGGGGACAUUGAAAGACUGGACGAAAGUGCUGUGACUGUCUUAUUUUUAAAGGUCAAGGACACCAGUAACCAGACCAAAAUGUGUGACCUUCAGCGACGGUUUCCCACUCACUGUAAAGAUGUCGCUUUUGUGUUGCGAGAACUGGCUGAAAGAAGAACAAAGUCAAAGGAUGUAGCCGGAAUUUACCACUGGAGCAAUGAUGAAAACGUGACCAAAUAUGACAUGGCUGCAACAAUGGCGGAAAGCUUUAAUCUUCCCUUUGACCAUAUUUUAGCGGAUAAGUCAGGAUCAGGCGGAGCGAAGAGGCCACAGAAUGCACAGAUGGACUGCAGCAGGGUGGAGCAGCUGGGGAUUGUGAAAAGAACUCCAUUCAAGCAAGGCAUUGUUGAUGUUCUGAAGCAAUUUGUGUAACUUUAAAGAAGCUACGUCUUUCCAUGUAAAUUGUUAUUGAUUAAAUUAUAUCCUAUUAUGGGUUUAAAUAGUUUUUUUAACUCACCUGAGCACCAAGUCAAGAGUGAGCUAUGU